CUUCGAUUGCGUCUUUGAGAUCGAACCACUGCGACAACGCCGCCCGCGCGCGACGACGACGAGCGACCACCGCCACUACCUCUACGACCCAGCGACAAAUUGCGAAGACAGUACUCACAUUACGAGAGGUGGCAUACGCCUACAGCAUUUGCCAAAGAGAAACCUCUUCGUCGACAAGCAGCCGGCGCAUUCAUGAGUCUCUAGCUUUUUGGUGCGCUCCAGCGAAACGAGCAAAAGGAGACGGUUGCGUCGCCCACCCAGGGCGGCUCUAGGAAGCCAUGAACGCCUCAUUCGGCCUCGUUUCCUCGAGAUCGUUCCUUCACCCCGGCCUGCGCGCCGCGUACCGUUCCGCGCCGAAUACGACGAGCUGUUCGCCCGCGUCACGACUUCUUUCAAUAUGCACCAUUAUCACCUCCCGGACGCCUGCCGCUACACGGUCAUACAUACCGGGUCCCUCAUCCCUCCGUCAAACCCAAUGGCCGUCGCCCAGCCUCACCGCCAUAACGGCCGGUAAAUCAACACAAAGAUGGGCUUCCUCCUCCUCCGCAUCAUCACCACCACCCAAAACCGACUACAAGAACGAACCCCUACUCCGCGAAUACGUAGACCUCCCGCUCGACUACAAGGACAAACACGGCCUGCGAUUCAGGGAAGAGAACAAGGACCUCACGGCGGCAGAAGUCAGAGCCGUCUUCGGGCCCUCGCUCAAGCCCGCCGCCGCGAACCGGCUGCUGCGCAUCAUGCACGGCCGCCGCGUCGCCGGCACCCUCGAGGACCCGGCCUUCGCCGUCAACACCGCCGCCUUCACCGCGCAGCAGCGCGACGCCGCGCUGGCGUACCUCCGCGAGAAGACGCCCGUCGACGAGGUCCUCAACGCGGGACUCCGGGCCGAGGACGAGCUCGCCGCGCUGGAGAAGGACCUCGCGGAGGAGGAGGAGAGCAGUGCUGACGAGGGCGAUGCUGCCUCGUCGACCGCCGGUUCCAAAACACCGUCUCUCCGCAAGGAAACGCCCGUUGUCAAACCGGACCCCGUGUACGGCUACAGCGCCUUCGACGCCAUCCGCGCAAAGAACCAAGCCAAAGCCGCCGAGGAAGAGGCCCGGCUCAUCGCCGAGGCCGAGGCAAAGGGCAUCGAGUACAACCCGGGCACCCUCUCCAUCCCCAUCAAGCGCCCGCCCAUGACGCCGCGCAUGGCCAAGUGGACGGAACAAGGCGCCGCCUCGGACCUCGCCGCCCCGCCCCCUCUCACCUUCGCCGAGCGCAUCCUCCCCUCCGCGGCCGUCGUCCUGCUGCUCGUGGCCUCGCUGGCGGCGUUCGCGGCGGUGUACACCCCGCCCCGCGACGCCGACCGCCUGUUCCCCGAGGUGAGCGCCUCGACGGCGACGGUGGGCGCGCUGAUCGCGCUCAACGUCCUCGUCUCGGUCGCGUGGCGCGUGCCACCGCUGUGGCGGUUCCUGAACCGGUACUUUGUUCUCGUGCACGGCAUGCCGCGGGCCGUGACGAUGAUUACGGCGAAUUUCUCGCACAGUUCCCUGGGCCACUUGGCGACCAACAUGGUGGGGCUGUGGUUUAUGGGCACCGCGCUGCACGACGAGGUCGGGCGGGCGAACUUCCUGGCGAUUUACCUCGCCUCCGGCGCCGUCGGGUUCCUGGGCAGCUUAACGGCGUUUACGCUCCGCGGCUUGCUGACCGUCUCGACUGUGGGUGCGUCGGGUGCCGUGUUCGGCGUCGCGACGGCGUACUUUUGGAUGCACCGGUUCGAUUCGUUCAAGGUGCUGGGCUUCCCGCCGGAUCCGAUGAAUGGGCCCCAGGGGUUGGGUUUCAUUGCCCUGAUUUUGGGGUUCCAUAUCUACGCGUUUUUCAGGCGGGGCAAGCAGACGAUUGAUCUGACGUCGCAUCUGUUUGGUAUGUUGACCGGGUUGGUCGGGAUUGAGUUCGUGACGGGAAGGAAGGCGGAGGGGGUGAGGGUGGAUGGGUUAGAGAAGAAGAAGGCGAGGGGUGAUCUUGUUGCUGAUGCGCCGCCUCGCGAUGGGCAGGGUGAUGGCGGGAAUGAUGUCAAGGCUUGAGAGAGAGUCAGGAGAUGCGUCUGGAUGUUUUGCUCUCCGAGGAGGACCUGGUAGGAGGGUGAAUUGUGUAUAGGUAUAGUACUUUGUAGAACUCCUGGGAUAUUAGAUGUUUCCCCCUAUUAUCAUCCACUUUGGUGGGAAAUUAGAACUUUGUAAAUUUGCAUGUCGCUCACAGACGAAUGAGGGAAC